AUGGCACUGCACGGACCACCACCUGUAGCAGGCUCUGUUUCGAAAGGGAGUUUCCGGGACACCAGAGUAGCGGAUGACUUUUCACCGUUUGGAUCCGUUCAUGAAUUCAAUGCAGCUACAAGGCAAAUGGCUCCUAGUCCCUUCCUCCAUGGUGUACGACCUGGCAGUCUCCAUACCAGCGUCGCCCACGCGACCCCUGUACACAGGGGUAUCGAUCAAACCCUGACUCGCAAAAAUAGCAUGGAGAGUUUCUACGUCGACCCUCCCGUCGGACGCUCGCUUCCGCACCCAGAUGACGUUUUCUCUGACCACGGCGACUUCCAGCAAGGUAGUGCUCAGACGCCACAUGGCCCUCUUCAAGGGAUCCCUCUAAAUCGAAGUCAUGGUGGUGCUUCCCCCAGCCUCGGCAUGACGGAGAUGAACCACGCGAUGCCGCUACAUUCCCGUGUCCCUGAAGACGAUGAGAACAGUGUACGAUACGGAAGUCUCUAUGGGGCUCCCUACCAGGAUCAGACCCCUGCAUCUACGACACACGAUAUGCACAAGUCCAGCUUCCUUACCACAGGAUCAAAGCUUUCUCGAAGUUCGAAGCUUACCAAGAGAUCCGGCUUCUCAGUGCGAAGAAAACCGCCCAAAGAACCUUCGUUCCACGAAAGCUCCCCUGCUCGAGGUACCCCUUACCUGCAUGCUAGAAGCCAGCCCAGUAUAAUCAGUGAACGAUCAUCAAGACCGACAAGCGUACUCAGCGCGAAUCAACUUACACCACACCAAGGGACACCAUACAUCCACCCACGGGAUCGUGCACCAAGCUUUAGCGAACGACCGACACGCCCCACGAGUAUCCGUUCUAUACCCAAGAAUCCCGGUACAUUCCCCUUUGAACAGGACGGUGACGAUCUCGUCGCCCAUGUCUGGCUUCCUUGGAUUGACAGGCUCAACGACGUCCCCUGUUUCUUCAACGUUAAGGGAAUCCACGGGGAAGAAUACUGGUUGGAAGUGGAUUACCAAUUGACGAAGAUGAUUCACGGGACGGUGAAGUUCCAUGGCGGAGGGAUGCCAAGAUCAGGGGCGAAAGGGCGAGGGAGGUUGAUUGUCGAAUGGGAAAUCGCGUUUCUAGACGAUUCUGACUCGGGCUCAGAGCCGUACGGGUGA